AAAAAGAUGGUGGCGAUAUUUGUGUCAAAAGCGGGUCAUAUUGCAACAAUUCCUCAUAAUGAGCAAAGAACUGUUACUGCGGAUUGGUAUAGCACCAUUUGUUUGCCAAAAGUCAUCACCGAGCUUCGAAAAAUCAACCCCGAAAGAAGAAUCAUCCUCCACCAAAUCAAUGCAGGCUCGCAGACAGCCCAAAAAACAAGGCAGUAUUUAACGGAAGAAAACGUGGAAUUAUUGGACCAUCCUCCAUAUAGCCCCGAUCUAAGUCCUAACGAUUUCUUCACUUUCCCGAGAAUUAAAAACAGACUGCGUGGUCAAAGGUUCCAGUCACCAGAAGAAGCAGUUGACGCAUACAAAAAUGCCGUUUUGAAUCUGCCAGCAAACGAGUGGAAUAAUUGCUUCGAAAAUUGGUUCGAGCGCAUGCAGAUGUGUAUUAAUCUUCGUGGAGAAUACUUCGAAAAACAAUAA